GUUUGUUGUUUGACAACGACUACUUAAAUAAUAUCGGAUAUUUAUAAAGGGCAACUCUGAUCAGUCUACUUGGCGUUUGCACGAAGGCGCGAAACUUAAAUUAACUCUAUACGUCAUAACGAAAUGUUGGAAGUACUAUUUGGAAAUAUAUUAGAACGAUUCUAUGAAGUUUUAAUAAUUUUUUGCACUGUCUUUAAUAUCACAACGCGUGUCUUAUCAUGUCUUAUAGAAAAUUUUUACUCAUAGUAAAUAAGAAUAAGUUAAACAAGGAAAACAAGGUUACGAGGUUAUCAAAUUAGAAGCAUUAACUUAUUAUCUGUUAUCACAGCAUCAAGGUCAUAUCCGUUUGUAACAUUACUUUGAGGAUCCUACAAUUUUAAUGGUGAGAAAUAAGGAUAUGAACACUCAAUCAUUUUUUAUUGGCGUGGAUGUGGGGUCAGGUAGUGCCAGAGCAGCUCUGGUCGAUCAAGAUGGACACAUACUGCGCACAUCAGUUAAGGAACUUCGAAUAUGGAAACCCCAACCUGAUUUUUAUGAACAGUCCUCUAACGAUAUAUGGAAUUGUUGUGAAUUUGUCAUAAAUGAAGUUGUUAGAAAUGUGAAUCCAGAAGAUAUUAAAGGGAUUGGCUUUGAUGCCACAUGUUCUUUGGUGGCAUUGGAUAGAAAUGGUAACCCCUUAGCAGUUAGCAACUCUAAUAACAAUGAACAGAAUGUUAUAAUGUGGAUGGAUCACAGAGCUCAAGCUGAGGCUGAGUUUAUAAACAAAACAGGUCAUGAAAUCCUAAAGUAUGUAGGUGGCAAGGUAAGCCUGGAAAUGGAGAUGCCAAAGUUAAAGUGGUUGAAGCAAAAUUUACCGAACAAGUGGGCAGAUUUUGGAUAUUUUUUUGAUUUACCAGACUUUCUAACUUGGAAAGCUACAGGAUCAGAAAGCCGGUCACUUUGUUCUCUGGUUUGCAAAUGGAAUUAUGAAUGUUCUAUUGAUGGUAAAAAAGGGUGGAAUGAAGAUUUUCUUCGAAAUGUUGGCUUGGAUGACUUAGCUGCAUUUGAGUUUAAGAAGAUAGGGAGUAAAGUUUUAAUGCCUGGAGAGAAGUGUGGUGGACUGAAGAGUGAUGUUGCUAGAUCUCUCGGCCUUAUUCCCGGCACCCCAGUGGCUACUUCUAUCAUUGACGCUCACUCUGGUGGACUUGGUAUGAUUGGUACAAAUGGGGAGGGCAUUGCAAAGGAGAUGUCAAGUAGACUCAGCUUAAUAUGUGGUACUUCCACCUGCCACAUGGCUGUCAAUGAGAAGCCUAUACUAGUGCCCGGUAUAUGGGGACCUUAUUUUAGUGCAAUGGUACCUAACUUGUGGUUAAAUGAAGCUGGUCAAAGUGCCUCUGGCAUGCUUUUAGACUAUGUUAUAUCAAGUCAUCCAGCAGGAAUUCAAUUGUCGAAGAAAUAUUCCACUGGAGAGGUGCGUACUCAUUUAAGGCAGCUGCUGGCAAAAAUAACAAAAGAAAAAGGGUUAAGCGAUGUAAGUUUAUUAAGCAAAGACUUUCAUAUUUGGCCGGAUUAUCAUGGUAACCGAUCUCCGUUGGCUGAUCCAUCUAUGAAAGGAAUGAUUUGUGGGCUCACAAUCAACAACAGUGAGGAGAAUCUCGCUUUACUCUACCUGGCAACGUUACAGGCUUUAUCGUAUGGUACGCGGCAUAUAAUCGAGGCAUUGGUGGAAUCGGGUUAUGAACCAUUCAAAUCGUUGCUCAUCUGUGGUGGGCUAUCGAAGGAUCCUCUAUUUGUACAAAUACAAGCGGAUGUUGUGGCUUUGCCUGUGCUCAAACCCCACGAAUCGGAGUCAGUUUUGUUAGGCGCCGCUAUCCUUGGUGCGUGCGCAUCGCAAUACUUUAACAGUGUUCAAGCCGCCAUAGAGACAAUGGGAGGCAAAGCCGAUGUCGUUCGUCCAAAUCUUAAUACCAAAGCAUUCCAUGACAAAAAGUAUAAAGUAUUUCUUAGAAUGUUCGAAGAUCAGUUGAAGUAUAGAGCUAUUAUGAAUUAGAAAUUUAUAUCUAGCAGAACGUAAAUAGAAUAAAAAUUAUUACUUAUACUGCUUCAAACAUUUUUAACUUGGGAUUCAUAUACAGGGAAUAAUAAUUAUCGUGUUUUAGUGUAAAUAUUGCCCAAUC